UUGCAUUCAACUUUGAAGAUCCUUCCCUCUCUCUCUCUCUGUAAUUCUCUUCCCAGCAACAAACCUUUCUCUCUCUCUAAAUGUAAAUAUAAUUUUCUACUCUUUUCAAAAUAUCUCUCUUCUCUCUCUCUCUCUCUGCUUAAACCUCAAUGCUCUUAUUCUCAUUAUUCACUCUCCAUUUCUCUUCAACUUCAAACCCCAGUUACUAUUUUUCAUAAAUUUUCAAUCUUUUCUCCUUUUUCUUUGAGGAUGUAUACUUUUCAAGCAAAUUAAGCUUGAACUUUGUGGUGGGGUUUUCUCAAUUUGUCGAAAUAACAGUGUCCAAUUUGUGUUGUUGUCGUUGUUUUUUGUUUUUUCUUUGUGUGGUUGCAGAUUCAGGAACUGGGUGUGAGAUGAAAUUUAUUUGUACUUGCGAGUGUCUUAGACAUAUAUUCAAACAAUCUUAAAUUCAGUGGCAGUUAGUGAUUACUCGAAUUCCCGAAAAGACAUGCAGUCUACCUUCUGUCUGCUGAAAUGAAGAACUUGCAGAGCACAGAAGAAUUACAGUCAUCAACUCAAGCUUCUCAUGAGCCGAAGAGUGAACAACCUAACAAUCACACAACCGAUGCUCCUGUUGCAGACUCAGGCUCAGCAUCCGCUUCAAGCAAUGAUAGCAAAAAGGUUUCACGGCAGGAUAUUGAGCUCGUCCAGAAUUUAAUAGAAAGGUGCCUGCAAUUAUAUAUGAAUAAAGAUGAAGUGGUUAAAACAUUGCUGACUCGGGCCAAGAUAGAUCCCGGAUUUACAACUCUUGUGUGGCAGAAAUUGGAAGAAGAGAACGCGGAUUUUUUCAGGGCGUACUAUGUUAGACUAAAAUUGAAAAAGCAGAUACUUUUAUUCAAUCAUUUACUUGAGCAUCAGUAUCAUCUAAUGAAGUGUCCUAUGCCUCCAAAGGUUCCAUUGGCUCCAAUACAGAAUGGAAUCCAUCCUAUGCCUGUCAACAAUCUACCUAUGGGAUACCCAGUGCUACAGCAGCAUCCUAUUCCAGCCCCGGGUCAACCUCAUAUUGAUUCGAUGGGUAUAUCAAAUUGUCAUGUGGUUAAUGGAGUCCCUGCACCGAGCAACUUUCAUCCCAUUCGGAUGAACUCUGGGAAUGACAUGGUGAUGGACCACAGUGCUCCUGAUAUGGCUCAUGUUAUUCCACCAAAUGGUACAAUGUCGUCCGUCUCGGAUAUGCCGGUGAGUCCAACAUCGGUAGCAUCCAGUGGUCAUUUCCCCUUCACGGCAUCUGAAAUAUCAGGAAUGGGAACAGAUGCAUCAGCUCUUGAUUCAGCAUUUACAUCUGAUGUGGCAAGUUCAGUAGGACUACAACUUGCACCAGAUGGAGGAAAUGGAAUUUCUCGAUCGCUGGAUCAGAUUCAGUGGAAUUUUAGCCUAUCAGAUUUAACGACUGAUUUGCCAAACUUGGGAGAUCUUGGAGCUCUGGGAAACUAUCCGGGUUCGCCAUUUUUGCCAUCUGAUUCAGACAUGUUUCUUGAAUCUCCAGAUCAACAGGAUAUAGUGGAUGACUUCUUUGUUAAUUCUGAGCCUCCAUGCUCUCAAUCGGACGAGGAUAAAUCUUAAUCUUAAGGCGAGGCAAGUUGCUUUGUUUCACAUUAAUUCUUAGGUUAGGGAGAUAAAUUAGGAUUAAUAAAUGUCAUCAAGCGUACUUGCAUACAGGCUUUACUGUUUACCAAAGUUUAGCCAGCCCUUAUCUGUUAUAUUUCAUCACUGUGGAAAUUGAAUGUCAUCAAUUGUUACAUGUAGUUGUAAUCUUUUUCCAUUCUUUUGAGAUAUAUCUAUUAUCAGGGAGAGUUGAGGACACAGUGCUUAAGAUGUGUAAUUGAUUUGAUGCAUUUGGAUAUAUAUUAAUUUUAUAUAUUGUUUGGAUCCUUAUGUCAGUGUAAAAUUUAAUGUUAUUUGUUUCACAUUUUA